GAUCGACCUUGUCUAGAGAGCCCAUAAACCUUUGCGGAAUAACCCGCAAGCGGCAAGCGCAUCGGGCAUCGGCAGAACGUUUACCUCAGCCACUGCCAUAGCCAUCGCAGAAAUGAAGCUGAAGGUAGUGUGCAAGAAGGUGUACGAUUACAUUCGCUACGAUCUCAAAGAAAUCGCUUUCCCUUCGUCCUUGCCCGAUCCCCCUCAUAUCAAAAAACGUCGUAAACUCACUUGGCAUGAGCGAUUCUUGGUCUUGAAGGAAGCCUCUAGGCUUUAUGCUGCGAGCUGGGUCCGGGAUAUCGGUCCGGAGCUUCGGCCAAAUGAUUAUAAGAAGCAUGAAGAGAGUGAGAGUGAGAGUGAGGAUAAGCCCAGUGGAGCAAAAAGUAAGACUAAAGAGAAAGAACCAUCGACGUUGGAAGAUCUUGCGGUGGCUGCCAGAGGGGGAAUGGAGACACUAAGGCCUGCUUUGCAACGGGUGUACAUGACAAGAGCUUCUGCCUAUAGAGAUGGUCUCAAAAGUUUUAUACAAGGGUAUCAAGAAGGUGUCCAACAGGUCAGGGAGAAGAAGGAGGAAUCUAAAUCUCAACAAGAUGGCAAUGCACCCAAAAAUUGACCUUGACCUUUCGUAGGAUGCAAUAUAUAUGUUUUUUCUUCUCCAGUUCAUUUCAUAGAGUAUUCGCGCAACUUGUAGAGCUUUCUACAGCUCAGAUUGUAGUGAGCUUCGAGCAUGAUCUAUCCCAUUCAAAGGUUUUACCUUAUUGUAAAGCAAAACUGGAGAGCUAUAGAUGUACUGGAAAAAUAUUUUGUAUAGCUGAUUUCUUUUCAGAUAACUUAUCCAUUCCCGCUUGACUUAAAAGGUUGGGUGCAGAAGGAUCUGCUCGUUCAAAACCCUCUGCUGUUUCCAAAGCAAACAGAUGCAACCAUCACUUGUAUGACCAGGAGAUGGAUGUGGCAAAAAGAAAGAAAAGAGUAAAUACAAGGCGUCAGAAGAUACACUACUUGCUCGAAGUAAGGUGGAAAUUCCGAUCCUCUGAGCAUUGCAGUCGCAGGCCACAAACUCCAAUUUCCCAAGGCAUU